CAUAGCAUUUUCAUAUACUUUGGGAUUUGUCUGCAUUCUAUUGCAAUCAAUACAUUUAGCGUUAUGGCCUCAAGCAAAUCAUUCAUCACAACUUUCCUUCUUGCUCUUACCUUGUCAAGCAUGAGCAUGAGCCUUGCAACUCGCCCUCUUAUGAAAACAAUAACCACACCGAGUUUUGGAAGCAUUCCCAGUUUGUCUAAACCAACAUCGCCACCUUUGCCAUCAGUCACAAUAUUUCCUGAAGUAACAUCGCCACCUUUGCCAUCAGUCACAAUAUUUCCUAAAGUAACAUUCCCACCUUCGCCAUCAGUCACAAUAUUUCCUAAAGUAACAUCGCCACCUUUGCCAUCAGUCCCAAUAGUUCCUAAAGUAACAUUGCCACCUUUGCCUAACCCUUCUCUUCAUACCAUUCCACCACUUCCAUCUGCCACUUCACUCCCCAAAACCCCAUCCCUCCCUUUCUUCUCUCCACCACCUCCAACCAUGCACUACUCUUUGAAUGAAUUUCAACUCUUCCCGAAUGAAUAAUAUAUAUGUGUUGAA